AUGAGUGACAACACGACGAAGGUGCAUGAAACCAGAGCCAAGUUUGCCGAAACGUUGCAGCCAAGAAUUGGUGGAAACACUACAAAAGUGAUCCGAGCUGCUCUAGAAAAGAAUGAAGCCGAAGGUGAAGUGUGUAAGGAUAAUGAUAACGGAUCGCUGGAAAAGGUCAACGUGGCCACUUCACCGCUGCUGACAUCGACGCCGCCCACAAUCUCUAAGGCCCUGGUGAAGUUGUACCCUUAUUUGAUUCUCAUUGAUGAAGUACUAAAUGUUAUUACAUGGACAGGAACAAAUAUCUGGAGCGGUAUUUUGAUGCUGUGUCUUUUUAUUGCUACUGUUGAAUAUUUCGAAUUGCUCGUGAAGUAUUUUGGGCAUCUUGCCAUCAUUGCCAUUCUGUGGGGCUAUUCCUUAUUAGACAAUCACAUUGGGGGUACGUUAAGCUCCUCGCCAACAUUAGAAGAGAUUGCCCUGCUAAUGAACAGAGUAUCCUUAAAAUCAGAUAUCUUGCUUUCCCCUAUGGUUAACCUUGGAACACAAGAUAUUCAACGUUUGUUGUACACUACAGUCAUUUUAUCUCCAGUUUACGUGAUGAUAACUUGGCUGCUCUUGCCACCAAGAAGCCUGAUACUGAUGGUGGGUCUAUUUCUUUUGACUUACCACACACCUUGGUCCAAAGUAGCAAGAAGGCUCUUAUGGAAGUUUAAGGUUGUCAGGUUGCUUGUCUUUUACGUUACUGGUUUAGACCUCGGUGGAAUAAAUAAGGACCAAGGCAUUUUUGCUACAGUACAAAAACAGGUGAAGAAGUUAGCGUCAACAGAAAACGCGAAUGGAGUUUUAUCUGAUUCCAAGCCUAUCCGUUUUACUUAUGUUCUGUAUGAGAAUCAGCGCCGUUGGUUAGGCAUUGGAUGGAAACCUAGUAUGCUAAGUUAUGAGAGGACUCCAUGGACAGAUGAAUUUUUGAAUGAAGCACCCUCUCCUGAAAACUUCCAUUUACCUGAAGAAACCAAUUCUAUGGUUUGGAGGUGGGUAGACAAGACGUGGAGAUUGGACAUGACUAAUGACGGUGCUAUUCAAGUACCUAAUUCAAAGGCAAGAACCUCGGCGGAUCCUUCCCCUGAUGAAGGAUUUAUAUACUACGAUAAUACUUGGAAGAAACCAAGUAAAGAAGAUUCAUUUUCCAAAUAUACAAGAAGGAGGAGAUGGGUGAGAACGGCAGAAUUGAUUAAAGCUUCUGAUUUUGAUGAAAAAGUGAAAAAUUCAAACAGAAAUUCUGCCACUGAACAGAAACUUGAAGAAAAUGGCACCUAUAGUUUAGCCGCUGAACAAGAGCUCGGGAAUAGCAAGAAAGAAACAGGUAAUGCCAAAAAAGUAGGAGAGCCAACAACAGAAGAGACAAAGGAGUUCGUGGAAGCAUCAAAUAUCAAUGAAGACGAUUUUGAAAAGAUAUCGUCAAAGGAAGAAGAGGUUUUAAAAUCUAGGGCAAGGGAUCGACUUGCAAAAGUAUUAGAUGACAGUGAAGAGAUAGAUCAACAUAGUUCAAGUAUUGGUCGCGACAGUAAGAAGGUCGUGUAA